AGCAGAAAACCCUAGAAUCGUCUCUCUGUAUGCAUCAGUAACCCCAAAAUCGUCACUCUGUCUGACAAAGAAGACGAAGAAGAGGAUGUUGAGGAGAAUGGAGUGUGGGGGUUUGAGAGGGUUUUUAGCUCUGAGGCCUCUCAUUCAUCUGAUUAUCCCUCUCUGCAUUCAUUGGAUUGCAGAAGAGAUGACCGUCUCCGUCCUCGUCGAUGUCACCACAACAGCUCUCUGCCCUGGAAAAUCCACCUGCUCUCAAGCCAUCUACCUCACUGGCCUCCAACAGACGGUUGUUGGAAUUUUCAAAAUGGUGGUCCUCCCCAUCUUGGGUCAGCUUGCAGACGAGUAUGGGCGUAAACCGAUGCUUCUUAUUACUAUUUCUACGUCUAUUUUUCCAUUCGCUGUACUUGCUUGGGAUGAAUCACGGGGAGCUGUGUAUGUGUACUAUGUGCUUCGUACAAUUUCAUUCAUCAUCAGCCAAGGAAGCAUAUUUUGCAUAUCUGUUGCUUAUGCGGCGGAUGUUGUCGAGGGGAGUAAGAGGGCAGCAGCAUUUGGAUGUAUUACAGGGCUCUUUUCUGCAUCGCAUGUAUUAGGAAAUGUUCUUGCACGCUUCCUUCCUGAAAAUUACAUUUUUGGGGUUUCAAUAUUUCUGUUGCUUUGUUCCACAAUCUACAUGAAAAUAUUUCUAGUCGAGACUCUGGAUGCAAGUCCAAGGCCAAAUCAACAUAAACCUUUUACUGCAAUGGUUGUUGGGGUCUUCCAGGAUCGGUGGAACUCAAUGAAAGAAACUGUAACGGUGGUUACUAGUAGUGGAAUGCUUCAGCGGAUAUCUUUUGUUUCAUUCUUCUAUGAGCUGGGAAUGUCAGGCAUCACGAGCAUCUUGCUGUAUUAUCUGAAGUCAGCUUUUGGUUUCAACAAGAAUCAAUUGGCUGAAAUUUUAAUGAUGGUUGGAAUCGGUUCCAUUUUUUCUCAGAUUUUGGUGCUUCCACUUGUCAAUCCUUUGUUGGGAGAAAAAUGGGUAUUGUGCAUAGCCUUGACUGCAUCAGUUGCUUAUGGUGUGCUGGCUGGCUUGGCAUGGGCACCCUGGGUACCAUACCUCAGUGCCUCAUUUGGAGUUAUCUAUGUCCUUGUGAAACCAUCUACUUAUGCAGUAAUUUCAAAAGCAGCGAUCUCAGCUGACCAGGGAAAAGCGCAAGGAUUUGUUGCUGGCGUGCAGUCUGUGGCGAGUUUCUUAUCACCAAUUGCAAUGAGUCCGUUGACCUCUCUGUUCCUAUCAAGCCAUGCUCCAUUUAAUUGCAAGGGUUUUAGCCUCUUGUGCGCAUCGAUUUCCAUGGUGAUUGCGUUGGGUCAUGCUUGGCUGCUAAAGCCAGACCCAUCUGCAGACAACAACGAUGACGAUGAACAUGUUGAAGCUCCCCUCCUCUCAUGACAUCAUGAUUGGCCCCAUACUGACAGCUGACGCCCAACGCCAUCUCCAUGGUCUAUGAUAAAAGCAGACACUACCACCACCCCUUGCAUGCAGUAACCCAUUCAAUCUAAAAUUUUCCUUCUCGGUUUGCUUUGGCUUAAUUUGCAUUUUUCAAUCUAUGUCUGUAAUGCUGUGUUUAUAAUGUAUUUGUAUGAAGUUCUUCAGAUUAUAUCAUAAAGAGAAGUGCUAAGGCAAUGCGCUUGAUAUCAAGCACGAUGAUGGAACUGAAACCAGGAAUUAUAAAUGCAUGCCUUACUGUAUGGUUGAGAUUGCA